AGAUUCAAACACACUGCUCUCUCUGUCUGUGUGUGUGAGUGUGUGUGUGUGUGUGUGAUAAAGAGCAAGAGCGAGGGAUGAGAGGAGAGGAGGAGAGCUGAAGAACAGAUAGAGGCAGAGGAAGACCAUAAAGUGAGGCCACUUCACCUAUGGAUCAGUAUUCAUAUCAGAAACCCAGGGGACCUAUCAGCACAACCGAAAUUCCUCUCAAGCGCAGCCCGUCGACACUGAUGCUGAUGUCCUGCACGCAGCUGUAGAGCAGCAGAGGCCAAAGGGGUCAGGGUGAAAGGUCACAGACUGCAGAGCCGGAGCAGGCACUGAGGCUGAAAGGGUUUGUGAGGGGCGACUGUGAGGCUUCGAGAGGAAUCAAGGUUCAGGGAGGAGGGAGUCAAAGAUGAUGACCUCGCAUGGAAAGCUGAGGAGGGAGAAGGGGAGUCUGGCUGAGUACGAAUCGCAGAUGAAAGACCUGCGGGCCCAACUGACCGACCAGAUCAAGAUUUUAGACUCUCAGGUGGAGGUGAAACAGCAGCAGCUCUCAGACCUCUCUGAGUUUCUCCGACGCAGAGGCGACAUCGAGGCUGAAUAUGCUCGAGCCCUCGACAAACUCACCGAGAGAUUCACCCACAAGACUAAGAAGAAGGAGCAGUGGGGUCAGUCUGUGUGUCAGGUCUGGUCUGUUUUGCUGACUCAGACGCGUCUGGAGAGCCGGGAACAUGCAGCGCUGGGUGACACCUGCUGCAACACACUCACACAGCGGUUGACGCACAGUACGGAGGAUACACACCGUCUGCACAAAAGGAGCAAAGAGGUUGGCAUCCAGAUGCAGGAUGAGUUGCUAAAGGUCACCACUGAGCUGCAGACGGCUCUGAAGACAUAUAACCAGUACCACACAGACUGUCUGAUAGCUGAGGGGAAGCUGAAGGAAGCCGAGCGGUUGGAGGAGAGGCACACCGGCAAGUCAGCUGAGCUCGGCCUCGGCCAAUCGGGGGGGCAGAGGCGGAGUUCCGUCAAGAAGAUGGAGCGAUUAAUGGAGAAAAGGCAUGGCAGAGUGCAGGAGACCCAGCUGAAGUGUACCAAGGCUCGUAAUGACUACCUGCUGAACCUAGCUGCAGCCAACGCAGCCAUGAACAAGUACUACCUGCAGGACGUCAGCACUCUCAUCGAUUGCUGUGACCUGGGUUUCCAUCUGUCUGUGGAGAGGGUGAUGAGGUGCUACCUGGCCAGUAGGUGGCGCAUCCAAAAGACAGAGGAGACGGGGCUUAAGCAGCUGGAGGCUGCUGUGACCUCCCUGGACCAGGGUGGAGACAGAGAUGCGUUGCUACAGCAACACGACGCUGCCUUCUGCCUUCCAUUCAGAUUCAACUACCAUCCUCAUGAAGGGGACCAGGUGUGUGAGGUGAGUGCAGAGAGCCAGGUGAGGUACGAGCUGGAGACCAGGUUCCAGCAGCUUCAGUCUCGACUUGCUGCCGUUACCUUAGAAACAGAGGAGGUCAGUAAAACGCUAAAAGCCACACUCACAGCCCUGCUGGACAGCAUGUGUGAAAGCGACUGUAACCCCUCCCCCGACGUGCCCAGCAGCCUAUCACACGAGCCCCCUGGGGGAAACACCGCACCAAAACUUACCCUCGCCAAGCGUCGAGCCAAUCAGCAGGAGACAGAGACCUACUAUUUCACAAAAGUGAAGGAGUUCCUCACCAGCAGUUCUCUGACCUCCAAACUUCAAGCCAAACAUGACCUUCUACAAGAUGCCAUACAGAAAGCUGAGGCUGUCGACAGCGACCCUUCCAGAAUGCAAUGUGCUCGCUCAGUGCGUGUUCGGAAGUCCAGACCUGUUUCCCAAUUCUGCCACACACUCUUCACCACAGACAUAAUCUCCUACAUACAGAGCUCUGGGCAGCAGAUUCCUGUGGUGGUUGAGAGCUGCAUCCGUUUCAUAAACCUUCACGGCCUCCACCAUGAAGGGAUAUUCAGAGUUCCUGGAUCACAAAGGGAGGUUAAUCUCAUCAGAGAUGCAUUUGAGAGAGGAGACGAUCCUCUGUCAGACAGUGAGUGUGACCUGGAUUCUGUGGCUGGUGUGUUGAAGCUGUACUUCAGGGGCCUUGAGCCUCCUCUCUUCCCUUAUGACAGCUACUCUCAGCUCCUGGACUGUGUCCAGAUCGAGGGGGUGACGGAGAAAGCUGCCCAGAUUAAAGCGAUUGUCUCCACCUUCCCACGGCCGCUCCUCAUCGUGCUGCGUUACCUUUUCGCUUUCCUCAAUCAUGUGUCCCAGUACAGUGACGAGAACAUGAUGCAGCCCUACAACUUGGCCGUUUGCUUCGGUCCGAGCCUGCUUAGGGGAAUGGAUUCUGAUGACGCUGUUGCUAGGCAGCCGCAGGUCAAUGACCUUGUCAAAACCAUGAUCCUCCAACAUGACAUCAUCUUCCCCAGCCAAUCAGAACUGCCGGGCCCAGUUUAUGAGAAGCACAUGACUCUGGAGCAGGAGUACUGUGAACCAAUCACAGAGGAGGGAGAUGGAGAGACUGAGCAUCUGCCCAGUGAGGAUGAGUGGGAGGCGGUGGCUAUGUUCGACUACGUGGCGCGAUCUCCAGCAGAGCUGUCCUUCAAGCUCGGAGAGCUUCUCAUCCUUCACAGCAAGGCCUCCUCUGAUUGGUGGAGAGGUGAAGUGGGAGGCGUUAAGGGUCUCAUCCCACACAAGUACAUCAGCGUGCUGGACGGGUCAGAGCGAGGGAAAAGAGAGGAAGGAGGAGGAGGCAGCAUUGGAAACCUGACAGCAGAAGAUCCACAGACGGAGAACACAACCCGGAUGCGGGUGAACAGUGACAGCGCUUCGUUGCCUGGGAGACAGAGAGGAAGUGAGGGGAGCCCCAGUCGAAAGCCGCCAACCUCCCCCGCCACACGACACCUGCCAGUGUCUCAGGAGCGAAGACACACUUUGGACACUGUGAGACAGGGCGGCUUCAGGCCCACAGACAGACCUCCGUUUGGUCAGGCAGAGAGAACAACAGUGGACAAGGAGAUGAUCAGCCGUCAGAUGAACUCUGUGUUCAAGGAGCUCCUGUCUCGCCAGCCUCCUGUGCAGCAGUCCACCCUCUCCACCCCUGCUGCUCCUGCUCCCUCUUCCUCCUCCUCCUCCUCUUCCUCUCUUCCUCAAGCUGCCCCCGCUGCCAAAAAAGUAGGAUUCGGCCUCAGAGGACGGGCCCUUUUCAGACCGGUGGACUAAGAGGAUGAGGAGAGGAUGACUGGAAUUUCCGAUUUAUUAUUUGAGAACGAUGGUUAUGCUGAUGCCGAUGAUGCAUUUGGUGAAGAUCUUGAUUUAUUUUUUUGACACAUGUAUAAUAUUUGCAUCUCUGCCAUCUCAUAGUGCCACUAGUCUCGGUGCCGUGUUACUGUACGUCCAGUGUGUCUGUUUUCCAGCUGUUUUUGGUCUCUUUAUGUUUUGUACUGUUUUUGUUCUCCAGGCAUUUGCAGUUUUUGGAGAAUCAGGGAUGUGACAUCGCCAGUGAUAUCACCAGACUGACUUUUUAAAGUGGUUGCCAUGAUAGAACAACAAAAGACUUAAGCUGCCCCCUAGUGGCUCGCCCUUCUAAUGUUUGCUUUAUUUUAAAAACAGAAAACUGAUCCUGGGCCUGAGUGCCUUCACAUCCUUUACUAUUCACAUUUAUUUCACUUGAAAACGACCUGAUAGGUUUGAACUCUGCAUAUAAUGUUCAAAAAGAUAAUGCGAUCUGGGAAGGUUUUAUGAAACAAUUGAAGAAAUUGUUAAAACUCAGAUCAUUAUUAUUAUUUCAUGAGAACAUAUUUUGUGCCCUUUUUUCACACACUUUAUUUGAUAAAGACAUUUUUCACUUUUAUUUCAUGUCAAGUUUUAUUUCAUGAUGUCACUUUUCAUGACAGCGACGAAGUCACCGCCCCUCACAUUUCAGCAUGACAUCUUAACAUAGCAAACUCAUCAACUGCUACUAGAUUAGCCAGUUAGCUCCUGUUAGCUAGAGCAACAACAAUGUCAAAGUUGUGUUACAAAUGGCAAUUAACACAGUACACUGACACAGUAACUAAACCUCUGGAGCUAAAGCCUUAGCUUCACCAUGCUGUUCAUGCUGCCUACAUAAAUGAUCAAAUACAACCCUUAUCUGAAAAAGUUGGGAAACUGCAUAAAAUGUAAAAAACAAGAAACAGAAUGUACUAAUUUGCAAAUCCUUUUCAACCUAUAUUCAAUCAAACACAGUACAAAGACAAGCUAUUUAAUGUUCAAACUGAUAAAUUUGAUUGUUUUUUGAAAAUAUAUUCUCUAUAUUUGAUGUCCGCAACACAUUCCACGACGCUAUACGAUCACAGAUGCCGGCCUUUGAACUUUGCACUGGUGACAGUCUGGAUGGUUCUUUUUCUCUUUAGACCUAACGUCCAUGAUUUCCAAAAACAAUUUGAGAUGUGGACGUUUCUACUUUGUGUCACCUCAGAUAAGCAUAAUGUUCCUGAGCCCAGGUAGUGAUAUCUUUUAUGCAGUCAUGUUGGUUUUAAUGCAAUGCAGGCUGAGGGGUCAAAGGUCACAGGCAGUCAGUGUUGGUUUUCAGCCUUGCCCCUUAUGUACAGAGGUUUCUCCAGACUCUCUGAAUCCUUUAAGGAUUGUUGUUUAUGUUUUACGCAGCAUCUCGACUUUUUUAGAAUCAGAGUUGUAAUUACAUUGGUGAGCUUUACUUAUUAUUCACCCGCAAAGUGAAGAGCCUGUGUUAGCUGUGUUAGCUCGCUCAGCAGAGAACGUCUGUCUGUCUUUUUGUUCCCCACAGAGUUGUGUGUCUUUCUCCUAAAAACCUCUUUAGAAUCAAAAUGAGGCAGAACUGAAUUAACCAGUUUACAUUAGCCAAAGCUAGCCUAGCUUCUGCCGUUAACAUCUGUCUCUUCACUUUGACGCUGAGUAAUUAGCCAAGCUCAAGUAAAUAAUGUGACGUUAGCGUCCCUGUCUGUUCAUUUACAGUAGCCGCUAGACAGUAGAUUCAGAAUUACUUUGACAUUGUGGUUGCUCUAGCUAACAGGAGCUACAGGCUACAUGUGGUAGCAGUUAUUGACUGUGCUAGCUUGAGUAGCAGGGAGUUAUGGAUGUAUGAAAAGAGCUGCAUACGGUGCCACCACUCAGCCUUCCCUCCAGUUUUUCCCUGUGGCCACUCUUGGUAUUGCAAUGAAAAAUCCCCUGCAGCCUAGCCUUCGUGUCAUGUCUCGGGAUUGUCACAGACGCUACAAACUUUUUUCAAAUAUGCACCAGGGAAGCCAUUCUUAUUGCAUUGAAUAGGCACCAUCUUUGGUUCAGUAUCCAACUCUAUCAAUGCAGAGUGUAUGUGAAAGGUGAGAGGGCUGCGACUACACCACUGUCAUGAAAGAUUGAAUUAGAAAAUGAAAGUCAUUCUGUUACACUGUUAUUUCAUCACCUAUUAUGAAAAUAAGUGAUGGAAACAUUUUGUAACACACUUUUAAUAAUUUUUUAAAUUAAUUUCACAAAUGAUUGUUUCAUUUACAAAAUGAUUCAUGUGAAUAUUUAUUUUUAUUUAUUUAAUGUUGAACAUUUUGGGGGUCCGCAGAUGUUAGCUGAGAAAACUGUAAACAGUAGUACUUUUUAUCAGCAUGCAGCGUUAGCAUACACACACACACACACACACACGCACGCACGCACACACACACACACACAGAGAUGGAAAACACAUUCCCCUUCAUAUGUGAUACAUGGCCUAAUACACAGGCCAAAACUCAGGGCUUUUGCAGAGUUAGAGACAGGCUAACUCAGGUUUGGCUUCGAAGGAAUAAGUAAAAGUUUCUCACUCAGGGCUUUGGUUGACUUACUCUUCAACUGGAAACUGUGCCCUAGCCUCAAGAGCCAAAACGGCCCCCCAGAGAGGAUUCAGUGACUUCCUCUGGCUUAAACUGUGAAUGCAACGGCGACGUUUUGGAGCCACAAUUGAUUUUCUUGUCUCAUUUAUCGACACAUUUUGGCCCCCCUGACUAUAUCUAGCACCAUCCACAGGUCCCACUCAAAGGUGUGUUUCAGGAUUUUUGCAGUGCGGUGUACAAUUACUUUGACUCCAAAAGCAUUUGAAAUGUUUUUACAUAUGGCAUCUGUUGUGUUUCAGUACUGGAAACAUAGAAGUAGAUUCCCUUUUUUCAUUGACUCUGCUUCUAUGAUUAAAACACCCUGUUGUUCUGGAUCACUGUUUGAUGAUGUCACUAAAUUUACUGUGUCCAACUGUAUAUGUGAUUAAAAAAAUAUGAAUACAAUAAAGAUGAUCAAGUGGUGAA